CCUUGCCUGAGUGAUCUUGGCUCCCAGACCUGCUGUAGGACAGACAUCUCGUCUCUUUGCACUGCCAGCCUCAAAUGAACAAGUCACAUGUGUGUGAAUAUACAUAGCAUGCCUUGCCUUUGGGAUAACUCUUUUGGUUUAGCCAGCUUUGCUAUAAAUAAGCAGAGUCCAUCUGUGGUCCUGAGCCUGCACUUGCAAAGCCUGUCUCCAUGCUGUGCCCCUUUGAGCACGGCUCACACGUGCCCUGGGUGUUGCAGAGAUGAAUGGUUUGGGAGCUUGAGGCGCGCUUUGAGUGAGGUGGGCGUGCGGUGUGAACGCUGCUGAACCUGGUCCUGGGAGGCGGACAGCAAAUGCAGAGCUUCAGAAACAGGGAGAGGCUCUUCUGUUUUUGCAAGCCAAUGUGUUUUGAGAAGAAACACCUGAAACCACAGCAAGUGCAGCAAAGUCAAAACAGUCAGUCACUCAAGAGGUCACAAGAAGUUAUGUUUAUUACCUGCAAUUGGGCUCGUUUGCUAUCAAACCACCUUAAAUGUGCUGUUAAAAAACACUGCUAAAAAACACUGUAUAAUGGCUCCCGGAUGAUAGCUGACAGUGAGCACUUGAAUGUGUUAAAGACCAAGGAGGAAAAUAACUUCUGAAUACAAUAAACAUUUUCCAUAUUAAUAAUCAGUAUUACAAAGAGUACACGUGUGAACCACAAGAAAUGCCUUCCCAAGCAUUGCCUAAUGCUUUCUUAUAGCAUAGCCCACUACCCAUGUGAAGAGACUGAGAACCACAAUUCGGUAUGACUGCUCUAUUGCAUCACUCGGUGGGUUUCACCCAAUAAUGAUUCUUCAACCCAUCUUUAUUCUUUAGGAAACCAAGGAAACAGGAGCUUUAAAGACAAAACUGCAGUUCCUUAAAAAUACAGCAUGUAAAGCACACUUGUGGUUUUACAGCUGAUUCUCUUUUGGUGCAAGAUCAUAACAUGAUAAAAUCUUUUGUGUUGGAGGGGACCCUUAGAGGUCAUCCAGUCCAAUGCUCCUGCAAUACACAGGGACACCUAUAUUAGAUCAGGGUGCUCGGAGCCGCACUGAGCCUGUCACCGAGUGUCUACAAGGAUGAAGCGUCCACCACCUCUCUGUGAGGUGUGCCACUGCCUCACUGCCUUUAUCACUCUAAAUCUCUUCACUUUAAUUGUGAGACCCUUUAUUCCGUCACCUCAAACCCUUCUAAACGUCCCGCUCGCUUCUUCCUUACGUCUCGGUCCCGCCCCGCUGUGUGACGCGCCGCUCGCGGCACAAGAUUCCGCGGUGCCAGUUAGUCGAGGCCGAGAGCCGAGAGCGGCUGGUGUGCGGUAGUGGCGACGGCUCUAGAGAGAGCAGCGGUAUCGGACAUUGAACGCUGUGCUACCCCGUGCUGCUGAGAUGGGGAAUUACGAGCGCAGCGACCAGCACGGCUGGGAUCGACGGCGCGGCGGCAGCGAGCGCCAGGGAAAGCGGAGAUCGCAGAGCGGUGCCCAGGAGAGCAGGCACGACAGGCAUGAGGCGGCCAAGAGGCCUCAAAGUAAAUGUUCAGAGUCCAAAUCCAAUAAUGACCAGGAGCACAACAAGCGGAGGCGCUGUGUGGAAGAGGACAACAAUGAGCACGUGCAGGGCGGUGACAGCGGGCAGCAGCACCGCGAGCACAAGAGCGCCCACCACCACCACAGCAGCAGCAAGAAGGGCAGCUACAAGCAGCAGCACAGGUCGCAGCACAGCGCCUGCCAACACCACCAUCUCUCCCAGAGGAAUCAUCGAAGGAAAAGAUCCAGGAGUGUAGAGGAUGAUGAGGAGGGUCACCUGAUCUGUGAAAGUGGAGACGUUCUAAGAGCAAGAUAUGAGAUUGUUGCUAUUUUGGGUGAAGGGGCUUUUGGAAGAGUGGUGGAAUGCAUUGAUCACAAAGCGGGAGGUAGACAUGUGGCUGUGAAAAUAGUGAAAAAUGUGGAUAGGUACUCUGAGGCAGCGCUUUCAGAAAUACAAGUACUGGAACAUUUGAAUGAAUCAGACCCCAGCAAUACCUAUCGCUGUGUCCAAAUGUUGGAAUGGUUUGAGUAUCACGGCCACAUCUGCAUUGUAUUUGAGCUGCUGGGACUCAGUACCUAUGACUUUAUUAAAGAGAAUGGCUUUCUGCCAUUUAGGUUGGACCACAUUAGACAGAUGGCGUAUCAGAUUUGCAAAUCUGUGAAUUUUCUACAUUUGAACAAACUGACACAUACAGACCUGAAACCAGAAAAUAUUUUGCUUGUCCAGUCUGAUUACACAGAAGAGUAUAACCCCAGACUGAAACGUGAUGAGCGCACACUAAAAAAUCCAGAUAUCAAAGUGGUGGAUUUUGGGAGUGCGACAUACGAUUAUGAGUAUCACAGCACUCUGGUGUCUACAAGACAUUACAGGGCUCCUGAAGUUAUUUUAGCACUGGGAUGGGCACAGCCAUGCGAUGUUUGGAGCAUUGGAUGUAUUCUCAUAGAAUACUACCUCGGGUACACGGUAUUUCCGACUCACGACAACAAAGAGCACCUGGCAAUGAUGGAACGAAUACUGGGGCCUCUACCCAGACACAUGAUACAGAAAACCAGGAAACGUAAGUAUUUCCAUCGGGACCAGCUGGACUGGGAUGAGCACAGUUCUGCAGGCAGAUACGUCGCAAGGCGCUGUAAGCCACUGAAGGAACUCAUGACAUGCAGAGAUGCCGACCAUGAGAAUCUGUUUGACCUCAUUCAAAAGAUGUUGGAGUAUGACCCGGCUAAACGUAUUACGCUUGAAGAAGCACUGAAACAUCCUUUCUUCUUCCCCUUGAAACAAGAGAAAAGGAAGCGGUCUCCUAGCCCCGAGCAGUCCUGUCCAGAUGGUAGCAGUCCACCAAAGAAAUGCAGAAGAUUUUAAGUAUUUAUUACAUAAAGUUGUUUUUUAAAUGUCCUAUUUUGUAUUAUGACUCUUUGAAUACUUAAUGCAGCUGCAGAAAUAAAAGUUAUUUAAAAAAAAAAAAAAAAGAUAUAGGUUGAUUUGCAUGUAAUCAUCUCUGAAC